AUGGAGGGUGUGAGCUACUUUACGGGAUUGAUGCAGCCUUACCUUGAGCCCAUAGAGGAUCGUGAGACCAUAGACCGCCGGCUGAAUGCUUUCCGUAAGCUUAAGCCUCCUUCCUUUAAUGGAUCUUAUGACCUUACAGUUGCUGCUAGAUGGCUUCAGGCUCUGGAUAAGAUAUUCAGGGUGAUGCAGUGUGUGGACGCCCAGAAGCUAAUAUACUUCUCGUAUGAUGCUCAGGAGAGGAAGCAAGGGGAGUUCGAGCGCUUGGUGCAGGGCUCGAUGACUAUUGAUGAGUACGUGGUUAAGUUCAAUGAACUGGCCAAAUUUGCACACUUUAGGAUUGCUAUGCCUACACCGCAGUACCGUGAUAUAGAGGACAUUUGUGUGGUCAGCAAGGCCAAGAAGGCUAAGGUAUCUGAAGUGAAAGGAGCUGGUAGCUCCACUUCUUGGAGAGACAGGAAGUUUGGAGGAAAGGGAAAGGGGAAGCAGUUAUCUGCUAGACAGGCGCCAAAUCAGUUUAAGAGGACUUCGACGCAAGGGAGUGCAGCUAGAUCUCCUAUUACUCCUAGGUGUACCAGAUGUGGGAGAUCAUAUGUGGGACCAUGUGCCACCGUUCAGAUCAUUUGUUUCCAUUGUGGCAAGGAGGGCCACUAUGCCAGAGAUUAUCCUUCGUCGGCUAUUAGAGCUGCAGCAGUUUUGGCGAUUCCUCUUCAGAUUAUUCCUACUGCACCUAGAGCGGCACCUGUCGUGCCACCAGCCACUGGCCGGGUGUAUACCUUGGAUCGACAGCAGUCAGACAGAGCUCCGAACCUUGUGAGAGGUACUAUUUCUAUUCAUAUUCUUGCUGUAGAUGUCUUGUUUGACUCUGGAGCUACGCAUUCUUUCAUCGCAACCUCGAUUGUUGUGGGGCUUGAGUUACUCAUUUCUGUGCUUUCUCCACGGUUGCGGUUUACUACCGCCACUAGAGAAAAGUGUGAUACUACCGCUGUACAUCACGAUGUCGUGUUUCAGUGGGAUGGCCGUGAUUACUCGGUAAAUUUGAUUGGAUUGCCGAUGGAUAAUUUGGAGAUCAUCCUUCGCAUGGACUUGUUGUUCAGGAAUUGUGUGAUGAUUGACUGUUGUGCUAAGAAAGCGGUGAUGUCUCCGUGUGAUUCCACUGCCAGUUCUUCUCCUUAUAUAUCAGUACUGUAG